CUAGCAUCAGCCUAUGCAGCGCACCCUCAACACCGACCCACACAGACACACACACACAUAAUUUCCACCCACCUCUACAGCUCUUGGUCAGGCGGCCGCACCCCUUUGCCAUCAUCCCACUCCUCUCUCCAUUCACGCCGCGCCGCCUCCCCACCGGGCCCCUUCCACCGGUCGAUGUACUCGCGAGAGGCCUUCAGAAAGAAGUAGGGGUCGCCCUUGCGGCCAGGGCGCUCGUCAGAGGGGUAGGUGUGGUAGCCCUCCCGCUCUACGGCAGGCUCAAUCUGGCUGCCCUCGCCCCACUCGUUGAAGCUGGUCAGCCCCGCAACGGGCAGCUGCCCCUUACAAUCCAAAGGCGGCUCUUCUUGAAGCAGCUGGGCAGCAUCCCACAUCUGCAAACAGACCAGCCAAAGGCAAGCAAGAUGCACCAUCGUCGAAUGGUCAGCAUGUUGCCCGCCCGUGGUACCUACCUGGGCAAAGUACGCGCCGUUUUUGCGCUGCCGUGUGGUGGCCUUGUUCCAGGGGCGGAUCUUGGUAUCAUCGUAGCCCGGCCCCACACAGGGGAUGAACUGGAACGGCCUUUUGGUGCCCAUCCCCCUCCCCUGGCUGCACGCUUCCUGCUGGAACCACGGCCACCGACUGGUUGUCGACGCGGGCGUGAAGCCGUCGCUGGCAAAGUAGGAGUAGCAGCCGUCAAAGCCCGCUCUUGCCGCAUCGAUGAGUGAGCUGCCGUCGAGACAAAGGCCCAUGAAGACGCCAUCGAUGUCGCUGCCUCUCACACAGCCGGGCCCGUCUGCCUCUGGGCAUAACACCUGCUGCCAUAAGGCCGGCUUGAUGUGGUAGCUGUCGUACAAGUAGAACCAGGGGAGCCGCGUGAUUGGGUCGCGGUAGAGCCACCGAGUGUCGUUGAAUGUCCGUACGAUGAACUGCAUGUCGUACUGGACUGAAGUGAUGUUCCGACCUGACACAGACAGACAGACAGACGGCAGGCAUCAUGACACGUUGAUUGAUGAGGCAGAGCCCACCCCGGUAUGGCUCCAUAUGGAAGAUGACCUUCAGCGGCGGGUCGAAGUCACCCACAGGCACCCUCUUCCGCGCCGCCCACUCCUCAAUCUUCCUCUCAAGUGCCCUCACAAAGUGGUUGAGAUUGCGGUGCGUCCUGACGCCCUCGCCGUCUGCCCCGCCAUGGAUGCCGUGCCACGAUAAGACCAGCGCGUCUGCACCGAUCCCCACCAGCCAGUCCAUGUGCUGACCUGAAGGUGUUUGUAAAGAAAACCAUCCAUCAUGAGAAACACAACUUGCGAGCACGUGUGUGUGUGUGUGUGUGUGUGGCUGGCUGGCUGUAUGGUCUCACUUAGUAAAUUGGCAUCUCGGCUGCUGUAGGGCCCGAGGAGGGGAUAGAAGGGCGCGUGGAUGUCUGCAGGAGGCGUGUGGUUAGUACCUACCUGCAGGCAUGCGCCGUCCACACACAACACAACACAACACAACACACACGCAGUGAGUGCGGUGGUGGUACGGUAUGUGUGUGACUGUGCAUCCGGUCUGUCUGACCGACGUGUCGGUAUAGGUCGGUGACCUCCUGCUGCCAGUGCGGCAGCACACGGUGGUUCCAGUGCUUCCACCCGCCGUCAUGCUCAGGGCUGCCAUACCUACACACAACAUACACACGACCAUUGCAGAGAGCAUCGCCUUCACAGCCGUUUGUUCAUCUUGCUCACUCACUCACCACAUGUAGUAAAAGACGUGCACUUGCGCGUCGGCGGCUCCACACACGCUAGAUGCGAAGGCGACCAGCUGCAGCAAGAAGAAGGGCAGCCACAGCGAGGACGAACCUGACCAACAGGGCUCUUCUGCUGGUGCGGACAUCUGCUCUCUGCGUGUCUUCAGGGGCACAGAAUCAAGAUCUGCUCAUAAUCUGCAGCAAGUGACGCAUCCAUC